AUGUCCCAAAAAGCCCUCAUCCUCCAGGAAAUCGGCCAGCAUCUAGUCGAGGUUGACCGUCCCAUCCCACAACCGGGCAAGGGCGAGCUCCUCAUCAAACUGACCUCUGUCGGCCGUAGGCCUCUCCUCCUCCACUGCACCGCACAAACUAACCGGUUGAUAGUAAACCCCCAUGACCAGAAAUCCCGCGAUCGCGGUCUCUUUGUGGCAACUACCCCUUACAUCCCCGCGCACGAUCUCGCCGGCGAGAUCAUCGCCAUCGGACCGGAGACAACCACUCACCUCACCAUAGGCGAGCACAUCUUCGCCCAGAGCCGGCUGCCACUCAACCAAGUCCUCAACGACUUCAACGGGCUGCAGCAGUAUGCCCUGGUAGACAUCAAGUAUGCCGCCAGAGUCGCCGACACCGGUCUCUCGGAUGACGAGGCCGCUACCAUCCCCGUCAACGUAGCCACGGGCUUCGUGGUGUUCUUCUCCGAGGGUGGGUUCGGAAUACCCCUGCCCGACAGCGGCGUGGACUUUGACUACGCGUCCCAGAAGCUAGUGGUCGUCGGCGCAGCAACGAACUGCGGCCGGUACGUGAUCCAGUUUGCCAAGUGGUUGGGGUUUGGGGUCAUUGUUGCCGUGGCCGGGCUACGGACGGAGGACGAACUGAGGGAGAUUGGGGCUACGCAUGUGGUUGAUCGGCAUGCGAGCGAUGUCCUCUCCCGGGUGCGGGACAUCGUGGGCGAUGAGCUCGUCUACGCACUUGAUGCCUUCAAUUUCGGACCGAAGCAGGAGCUGGGGGUUGCGGUGCUCUCGGACUCGAGGCGCGGGACGUUGGUGACGCUUGCGCCGGCGGUUGGGGAGAUUGAUAGAGCAAAGACUGGGGAGAAGAGGGCGGGAUAUGAGCGCCGGUUUAUCAGGGGUGCGUUUGCGACCCAUCCGGAUGGCUUUUCGAAGCUGUUCUGGGAGAGGAUUACGGGGUGGUUGAAGGAGGGGGUGAUCCGGCCGAGUAAGUAUCGGGUUAUUGAGGGGUUGGAUGCGGAUAGGAUCAAUGCUGCGUUGGAUGAGUAUCGUGAUAUGGGAGGAAUGAAGGUGCAAGUCCAUCCGAAUGUUUGA